CAAAUUACUGUUCUAAAUUCACGGGUUAGUUUCGUUCCUUCCCUGAUCUCUCUCCUUCCACCGCCGGGCAAGAAAAACCAGCAAUCCGAUCUUCUCCCUGGGCUUUUGGUACGAUAGUUACGCUUUAACCAGGAAUCCGAUCACUGUGUUUGGCUGCCGAAAAACCGAAGCUCCCUUCAGCGAUUCCCAUCCAUACUCGCAAAGAUGCAGAACGAAGAGGGCCAGAGCGUGGAUCUCUACAUUCCCCGGAAAUGCUCGGCCACAAAUAUGUUGAUUACUUCGAAAGACCAUGCAUCCGUCCAGCUCAACAUCGGGCAUUUGGACGAGCACGGGCUUUACACUGGCCAUUUCACCACCUUUGCUCUCUGUGGCUUCGUUCGUGCUCAGGGUGAUGGCGAUAGUGCACUGGACCGGCUCUGGCAGAAGAAGAAAGCUGAGCUGAGGCAGUAGUGCAAUUUAGACGCCUAGCUGGUUUGCUGAAGGGUCUAUUGAUUAGUAUGGGUCUUUGAACAAUAAUGUCGAAGUACUUAGAAUGUUGCUGAAGAGUCAAUUUAGAACUUAGAAUGUUGCUCUGAGUUAUGAAUUGCUAUUGCAGUCAGUUCGUUUAGCUAGUGGUGGUCUCAAAUAAUGUCAAAAUACUUGGCUGAUGGAAUUCAACAAGUAAUAAGCACUUCUGUUUUGAGCACUGUAUCCGGUCGUAAUCCAACGUACAAACCAGCAAAGUUCCGAAUGCACUUUGUGAGACUGUAUUUGCUGCUCGUAUCAAUUGAGUUGCGACUCUAAUAGAAUAGAAAGAAAUGGUAGGCUCUCUGCUCUAUUUGCUGGAAAUGCUAUACCUAUCGAAGUUUAGAACACUUCUUAGGCUCUUCUUAGUCCACCAGUAGGCCUAGCGAUGACUAAUUAGAGUUAACAUGAAAUGGAUCAACGGAAGAAGACAGCAUCCGGUGAAUGAAUGGUUCGAUCUCAUCCCCAAGCCACU